CUCAAUUAAGUUUAGCCCCCUCUCCUCUUUCAUAGGUCAAACCAACACAUUUUUCUAUAUAAAAAGAAAACACUGCUAAUUCCUUAAAAUAGGAUUUUUAUUUUUUUUUAUUUUUUUAAUGCCUAACAUAACAUAAUCAUUCAUCAUGCAUCAUGCAUCAUCACUACUACUUGUAUAUACACUUUCAAGUAUUCUAGGAGUUAUCAAAAAACCAAAAGAAUUCAAAGGUGUUGCCUUGUAGGAAAAUAGUCUUCACUCUCUCUCAACUGUUCUUUUACCCUCCAAUUCCUGUUAUGUUAUCCUUCUCUCUCACUCUCUCACUUCAAAUGAAAAUCUCACCUAAAACCUGAUCAUAAAAAAAAUAAAAAUAAAAAGCCAUUUUUCUUUGCAUCUUUAGAUCUAAUUUGAUUUCUGAUGAAAAUGAAUUCACUGGAAGAAUUUAACUCUUCAAUACCAAACAAGGCAACAAAAAACAUCAUCAACUUCACAACAACUGAAGAAGAAAAAAAGAUGACAUCAACAGCAACAGCAACAGCAACAACAGCAGCAACAUCAUCAACGCUAAGUCGUUACGAGAAUCAAAAAAGAAGAGACUGGAACACGUUCGGACAAUACCUAAGAAACCACAGACCACCAUUAGCACUGUCAAGAUGCAGUGGAGCACAUGUAGUGGAAUUUUUAAGGUACUUAGACCAGUUUGGGAAAACAAAGGUUCACUCAGAGAUAUGUCCAUAUUAUGGACAUCCAAAUCCACCAGCGCCAUGUCCAUGUCCAUUAAGACAGGCAUGGGGAAGUCUAGAUGCGUUGAUAGGGAGACUAAGAGCUGCUUUUGAAGAGAAUGGUGGGAAAGCUGAAGAUAAUCCUUUUGGUGCUCGUGCUGUUAGAUUGUUUCUUCGUGAUGUUAGAGAUUCUCAAUCUAAAGCUAGAGGUAUUAGUUAUGAGAAAAAGAAGCGUAAAAGACCUCCACCUUCAAAUGCUACUUCUUCAUAGUAAAUGUUGUGAUUUGAGAGUGAAUCAAUGCAAUGUUGGGGAUGGAUACCCUAAUUGGAAUUGGAUUAACCUAAAGAGAUGAGAAGCAUCAGGAGGCAGUAGUAGUUGAGUAAUUUUUUAAGCAUUAAAAAUUCUGACUAUUUAAAUGUCACUGUUCUAUGACACUGCUCAACUUGUAAUAACAUGUUACAUCAUGACAAAAUAAUGGACUCCAAUAUCAUGCAUAUGCAUGUUAAGCUGCAGUUUGGUCACUUUGAUGCUUAUAGCUUAUAUUAUAUUUAUGUCUUAAUAUAUUAUAUAUGGCAUAAGCUAAUCAGAUUUGUUAA